AUGGUGGGUGCCCUGCUGCGGGCGGUGCUGCGCCCGGAGAAGCUGCACAGGGUCGCAGGGGCACGGAUCGUGGGGCCCUUGGUGCUUCACAAGGCUGGCUUGAUGCUGGAGCCCUGCUGGAGACGGGGGCUGCCGCGGCAGAGGAGCCCCGUGCCCGGAGGCGUCUUUGGGGUCACCCCCAGAACCAUCUGGACGCAGGGCCGGGGUCCCCACAACGCCAAGGAAGAGAGCGGGAAGCAAGUGUCUGUGCACGGUAGCCCGAGAGGGGAGCCUGCAGUGUCCACGUCGCAGAAAGUGAAGGACGCCGGCAGAGACUUCACCUACUUGAUCGUCGUGGUCUUUGGGAUUGGCAUUACAGGUGCCCUCUUGUACGUGGUUUUUAAAGAGCUGUUCUCUUCGUCAAGCCCUAAUAAGAUCUACGGGAAGGCCUUAGAGAAGUGCAGAGCACACCCUGAGGUGCUCGGGGUUUUCGGGGAGCCAAUCAAAGGCUACGGGGAGAUGACCCGACGAGGGAGGAGGCAGCACGUCAGCUACGUCGAGUACGUCAAAGACGGGCUGCAGCACAUACGCCUCAAGUUCUACAUUGAGGGCUCUGAGCCAGGGAAGCAUGGGACUGUGCACGUGGAAGUGAAGGAGAACCCAGCAAGCAGACAGUAUGACUUCCGUUACAUAUUCGUGGAGGUGGAGGCCUAUCCAAGGAGAGCCAUCGUGGUGGAAGAUAACAGGUCCUGA